AUGAUGUACAGUGGAAAGAAUUCUUUACUGCCUCCAAAAUCUCCUUUUCCUAGCAUUUACCCGUCAUAUGUUGAUUAUAUCCCUAGUUCAGGGGUUGGACCAAAAGGUCUUCCAAAGCCUAGAGAGGCAAAUUCACACCAUCAACGUACUUCCUCAGAGAGUUUUUUAAUAGAGGAACAACCUUCUUGGUUUGAUGACCUCCUCAAUGAGCCAGAAACUCCUGUGCGCAGAGGAGGUCAUCGGCGUUCAUCUAGUGAUUCGUUUGCCUAUAUUGACACUACUAAUGUUGGAAAGACAAAUUAUGUUACUCCAGACAAUAACAAGUUCAAGAAUUUAACUUUGGUGCCUUCAUGGGGUUCUCAAGAUUUUGAAUUUUAUAGAGAGAUACAACAUGGUUCUGCAUAUGGGGGCCCAAAUUCUUUAGGAAAAACCAAAAAUCAGACAUGGGAUAAUUCAGUUGCACCUCCCUGUGAAGUUCCUUCUCCUGGGGAUAAUACCAUUAUUCAAGAUGCAGGAUUAUCAAGUACUUCGAGAGAAGCAGAGAGGAAUCCGUCUUCACCAACUGAAAAGCAGGAUCCUGGUGAAUAUGGUCCUCAUGACCCAAAAGGUUCUUCUGAGAAGGAUUCAUUUCAUGCCAAGCCUUCGAAUUUGGAGAUGGACACUAAACGUGCCAAGCAGCAAUUUGCUCAGCGAUCACGGGUCAGGAAACUUCAAUACAUCGCUGAACUUGAAAGAAACGUUCAGGCUCUACAGGCAGAAGGCUCCGAAGUUUCAGCUGAGCUCGAAUUUCUCAACCAGCAGAAUCUGAUUCUGAAUAUGGAGAAUAAAACACUGAAGCAACGGUUAGAAAGUUUAGUUCAAGAGCAUCUUAUCAAGCAUUUUGAGCAUGAAGUAUUGGAGAGAGAAGUGGGACGACUACGAGCUUUGUAUCAGCAACAGCAGCAGCCACAACAGCAGCAACCAUCUUCUAGCCAUAGACGUGCUAAAAGCAGCGAUCUUGAUCAACAAUUUGCUAAUCUUUCACUGAAACACAAGGAAACAAGUAGUUGCCGCAAUCACGUUUUUGGCCAACUUCACAUUUGA